AUGACUACAUCCGGCAUGAGCAUGUGCAGGGCCGUCUUCUAUGAGGACAGGAACUUCCAGGGUCGCUCUUAUGAGUGCACGAGCGACUGUGCUGACAUGUCCCCCUACUUGAGUCGCUGUCACUCUUGCAGAGUGGAGAGCGGGUGCUUCAUGAUGUACGAUCGUCCCAACUACAUGGGAAAUCAGUAUUUCUUUAGAAGGGGUGACUAUGCUGACUACAUGUCUAUGUUUGGCAUGAGCGACUGCAUCAGAUCUUGCCGUAUGAUCCCUAUGCACAGGGGAUCCUUCAGAAUGAGGAUCUACGAGAGAGAGAACUUCAUGGGUCAGAUGUACGAGAUGAUGGAUGACUGUGACAGCAUCAUGGACCGUUACCGCAUGUCUCACUGCCAGUCCUGUCAUGUGAUGGACGGCCACUGGCUCAUGUAUGAGCAGCCCCACUACAGAGGCAAGAUGUGGUACUUCAGGCCUGGAGAGUACAGGAGCUUCAGCAAUAUGGGUGGCAUGAGAUUCAUGAGCAUGAGGCGCAUCAAUGAUUCCUUCUAUUAAAAAGUAAAUUGUAUUAAUGUGAGAAAAUUUGUGUUACUUGGCAAUAAAGCACUUCUGAACUACUCUCUGAAAUGAUCUUUGUUUAGUUUUUAAGCACAGUGAAACGAAAUAUAGUAAAACAUCAUCAGCACCGUCGCCUGUGAGUACUUGACUAGGUUGGAAACAGCAUUAUUUAUUAGUCCAAAAAAAAAAAAAAAAAAAAAAAAAAAAAAGACUUUUAUAAUAUUUCUAACAACUUUAGAAAUCCUUUGUAUGAAAUUAUGGAUCACUCACUGUAGUCAUAUUGUUUGGUUGAUGCAGAACUAAAGGAAUUUGACUGAAAACUGUGUUCC